AUGGCAGCUUUGGAGUUUGUAGUGCUUCAGGUCAUACUGCUGUUGCUGAUGUUUUGGUCAUUUGACAAUCCAUUGGUUAUUGCAGAAGCACAGGUACCUAUAGCAAAGUAUGGAUGUCGAGAUUCUUGUGGAAAUGUUACGAUUCCAUAUCCAUUUGGUAUGGAGAAGAAGGGUUGUUACAUAGAAGAAAGGUUCAAAAUACAUUGCAACUCUACCAGUGGAGUUCCCACAAUUUCAAUCAGCGGCAUUGAUAUGGAGGUGACAAAUAUUUCUGUUGAUUACAAUACUAUUACAGUCAACUUUCCAGUUGUCUACGCAAACUGUGAAGGCAAAGAAAGUAAAAGCAGUACAGUUGUAGACUUGGAAGGAAGCCCGUUUGCUUUCUCCUCCGAAAAGAAUUACUUCAUCGCAAAGGGUUGUGAUAACGUUUCCUUAAUAACCCCGAAGAAGGAGGACUCAGCUAAUCCUUGGUGCGUGUCAUUUUGUAGCAAAAAGAGUGAUAAUGGCCCUAAUAUGUCUGGUUUCAGUAACAUCACCUGGUACCUGGACAACAUCCCCUCACCUUUAAAGGUUUUUAAUGUAACCUUUAAAGGUAUUGAUAAUAAGGGCAAAUUACGGAGCAACAACAGUAGCAGGAAAUUAGAGGAAUGCAGGUACGCCUUUUUAAUAAACCGAACAUUGGUUGAUAACUAUUGCUUUGACAUAGGAAAUCAGGUGUCUGUUCCAGCAGUGCUAGACUGGGGUAUUGUUGAACACAUAUUUCGAUCCUUUUUGAAGAGUCAAGGGUGUGAUAAUACCUCUAUGAAUACAUGUGGAGCUUCGGGUCCUCCCAUCGAUUCAAUUUCCGGCCCAAACUCAACAAUUCAAUGUUACUCCACACCCAUCGUUGAUGAUCACAAUCCUUAUCUUGAUAUUUUCUUUUGUAAAGGUAAACUCCUCAUCGCAUAA